AUUAAUUACGGAGAUAGUCGAUUUAUCACGACUGUUCUUCUGAAAAGUCAAUGUCACAUGAUCAUUAGUGAUUCUAAUUUUGUUUUUGCGUAUCCAGUAAACACAUCAGUGCUUUAUUGAAAGAUGGCUAGCUGUUCCAUUGCCAGUUCCAAGAUUGUUCUGACUGUUCUUGGAUUCCUUUUCUGGGCUGCUGCAGGUGGCUUGAUAUUCCUAGGAGCAUGGGUGUUCCGUACCUACCAUAACUACAAUGACCUGACCACGGCCAACCUCACCCUCAUACCGGCCCUCAUUGUGAUGGUGGUGGGCGUCUUCUUCUUCAUACUGGGUGCCAUCGGGUGCUGCUCUGCCUGCAAGGAGAACAGAUGCCUCCUGGCAGUGUUUUUCUCGCUGAUGUUGAUUGUUCUGACCACACUUGUCAUGGCAGGAGUCCUUGGGUAUGCUCUACGCUCAAAUAUCCGGUCAGCUGUGAAUGAUGGUUUCAAGCAGGCUAUGAACAAGUAUCCAGCAAAUGACAAUGAGACCAACUCUCAGAAAGAUCAGAUUGACUACCUGCAACGUGAAGUGAAAUGCUGUGGCGCCCAGAACUACUCUGAUUGGAAUUCAACCCGCCAUCCUAUUCCCCCGAAGUCCUGCUGCAUCAAUGAGUCUCACUGUAAUUCUUCAACACCUGCAACUUCCUACUACAAUAUGGGAUGUGAAGCCAGCUUGGAGGACAUGUUUGUGAAGAACUUGAAGUAUGUUGGAGGUGUGGCAAUUGCAUUUGCCAUCAUCAUACUGCUGGGUAUGAUCUGCAGCUGCAUUCUCAUGUGCCGCACCAAGGAGGUCCGCUAUGAAUUACUGGGAGGACCAAACUCCGGCUUACGGGUGUAGAUCUGACACCACCAGCCUGCCCCAUUAAUCGCAUAACAGGCAGUCAGAACAGAUCUACACAGGCUAGAGUAGCCUAGAUGCUGUCUGAUGUUAUCUUGGCUCUACUUAAUGAGGAACAGUUUAUUCAGUUAGCAGUGUUUUUUUUCCGUGUUUUUGCAUGUCUUGCAUAUAAGUGUUAGUUUUAGGGAUUUUUGUACUGGUUGGCAAAUAUAAAUCAGACAUUCAUAUUCUCUGCAUAUUUUCACAAACCAGUGUUUUGUAAUUUACAUGUUUAUAAUUAAGUUGUAAUCUACAAACACACAUAUUUCGGGUCUAUUUUGUGCACUUACGACAUUUUGGUAAAAUCUGCCAUGUAUGCUUGGCGUAGUGAUUUGUACAUGCACAAUGGCCUAUAACAUCUCUGUUUAGAACCCAGACAGUGUUUGUGAGAUUUGUGUAGAUAUGUCAAUGUUUGUGUACUCCAUCUUUAUUGGACAGAACAUAAAUAAAUACUCCUUACUGUAGACAAAAGGUUUUAAAACACCGAUGACAAAUGUGUUUAAACUACUGUCAUGUUGACUCCUAAAAAAUUGUAUGCUUCAAGUCUUGUUUUAAUGGUUCACAGCAUUCUACUGACAAUUUUUAUGAUUUUUUUUAAAGUGUAUGAAAUAAAUAUAAAAUCUGAGUAAUAUUAGAUGAUGUGAAGAACAUAACUUACAAGUAUAUGCAUUGCCAACGAGUACUUUUACGUAUUUAACCAUUUAAGUGUUUAAACAAAUGUGCUAUAUGCUGUUUUUACAUUUGAGAUUAUGAAUUUAAUUUACUGUUUUCUGUGGAGUAGGAAUCAUGUCAGUUGCAUUAUUGAUUUUGAUGCAUCUUUAUUGUGUAAUAAUCAAAUUAAUUGAAAUAGUUGUUUAACAGUACAUGUACUUACAAUGCAAUUAGAUGAUGUUUUUACUGAGUUUUAUAUAAUUAUAUGAUUUCUUUUGUAUAUUUUAAGUGAAACAAACUAAAAAGUUAACAUAUAAUAAUAUGAUUUCUUUUGUAUAUUUUAAGUGUAACAAACUGAAAAGUUAACUAUUCUGGUCAUGUUAUUGUAGAAACCUUGCAUAAAAGCAUGAAAGAACUGUUUCGUAAUGACAAGUUUUGUAGUACACACUUUUUAUAUACUAUUUAUUCAAAUGUUUUGUUUUGAUUAAAAACUGCAUUCUUCUUUUCAUAUUUUGUAGCUUGCACACAAAAUAGAAAAAUGAUGUAGCUUUUCAAACAAAGCACCACACAUGCUUUGCCAUAAGCGACACUAUGUGAUUGUUUUAACUUGAUAAUUGCUUUAACUCUUCUAUUCAGUCUAAAACCGGCGAUUUUCAGUAUUAUGUCAGUUUCAAUAAAGUCCCUGCUUACAUAUUGUAAGGUUUACAUAAAUAUGCAAUCCAUAGUUAAUUUACAAAUUGAAUUGCUUCCGAUACUGUUUGAAAUGAGUGUACCAUUUGGGCAAUAACACAAUGUUCAUUUUACAUAAGUAUUGGGGUAUAAAUGCAGGUUAUUUACAAUAUACAGAUUACAUUAUACAGAAUAGCAAAAAAAGCAAAGUGUGAGGCAUAUCAAUAAGUCUGUUAAAUUAGUACAACUUUAAUGAAAAAAGAUUGAUUCUGCUAUAUCAAUGCCCGUGUAUUGUAUUCUUUUAAGAUCAGUAGUCGCCAUCUUUUGCCAAUUUUUCGAAUCUCAUUACUAGUAACUGUUCAUGUCAAAAACAAAACUCACCUGUCUUGUUUUGCUAUUGCUUGUGCACUUAUCUAUUUAUGAAUAAAGAGUUGUGAUAUCAAAA